AAUACACGGGGCCAGAAGUCUCUUCUGUCCACAGGGAACAGCUCCUGGGAACCCCUUCUAUUCUUCUGGGACGGGGAUAGUAGCAGCUGCCGUUGGGAGAGAUUAGGUUGCAGAGGAAAGCUAAGUCAGGCACCAAAAGCUUCACGAUGAUCCAAAAAACUUGUUAGCUCUGGAAUAGCAGGCUCAAGGGAACGAGGACUAUCUCUCCGGAGAAUACGUUAAUUCAGUGCAAACCACCUGCUAGCCAACCAACAGGAGCUGUUGCUUUAAGAAGCGCCACUCACGUGACCAACGACGCCUCGGUGCCUUCACCGCUCUUUCACACUGACCAAUCCUGAGGUGGGAUGCCUAUUGGUGGGCGGGGAUCUCCGUAGACGGCCACCGAUUGGCUCCGCGUAUUGAGGGCGGAGCCUGGGCUCCGAGAGAGGGAAUUAGCGUGAGCCGGUGAGUGGAAGCAGCCGCCGCCUCCUCGGCAGGCGCCCUUGCAACGCCGGAGUCCGCAGCAAGUGUUAAUUAGGGUGUAGUAUGUGCUGACCCUGCUGGACGCUUGGGAUGCAAAGCUCCACUGGGGCCAUGUCAGAGAGAGAAGAGCGGAGGUUUGUGGAGAUCCCUCGGGAGUCCGUUCGGCUCAUGGCAGAGAGCACAGGGCUGGAGCUGAGUGAUGAGGUGGCGGCUCUGCUCGCUGAAGAUGUAUGCUACCGUCUCAGGGAGGCCACACAGAAUAGUUCUCAGUUCAUGAAACACACCAGACGGAGGAAGCUGACAGUAGAGGACUUCAACAGGGCUCUGAGGUGGAGCAGUGUGGAGGCUGUGUGUGGCUACGGGUCCCAGGAGGCACUGCCCUUGCGUCCUGCAAGGGAGGGUGAACUCUACUUUCCAGAGGACCGAGAAGUAAACCUGGUGGAGCUGGCACUGGCCACCAACAUCCCCAAGGGCUGUGCCGAGACGGCUGUCAGAGUUCAUGUCUCCUAUCUGGAUGGCAAAGGAAACCUGGCACCUCAAGGAUCAGUGCCCAGUGCAGUGUCCUCACUGACAGAUGACCUUCUCAAAUAUUACCAGCAAGUGACACGGGCUGUCCUGGGGGAUGAUCCACAGCUGAUGAAGGUCGCCCUCCAGGACCUGCAGACAAACUCCAAGAUUGCGGCCCUCCUGCCUUACUUUGUUUAUGUGGUCAGUGGGGUAAAAUCUGUAAGCCACGACCUGGAGCAGCUGCACCGACUACUGCAGGUGGCUCGGAGCUUGAUGCGGAACCCACACCUCUGCUUGGGGCCCUAUGUCCGAUCUCUGGUGGGCAGUGUGCUCUACUGUGUCUUGGAGCCAUUGGCCGCCUCCAUCAACCCUUUGAACGACCACUGGACUCUUCGGGAUGGGGCUGCUCUUCUACUCAGCCACAUCUUCUGGACUCACGGGGACCUUGUAAGUGGCCUUUAUCAACAGAUUCUACUCUCCCUGCAGAAGGUCCUGACAGACCCUGUGCGGCCUCUCUGUUCUCACUAUGGGGCUGUGGUAGGGCUGCAUGCUGUAGGCUGGAAGGCAGUAGAACGAGUCCUGUACCCACAUCUGCCCACUUACUGGACAAACUUGCAGGCGGUGCUGGAUGACUACUCGGUGUCUAAUGCCCAGGUCAAAGCGGAUGGGCACAAAGUCUAUGGAGCUAUUCUGGUGAGUGGGCAGCCCGGCUCCCCUAUCACAGGAGCUCAGCAGGUUUCCUUCGGAGGUGCCUGCUGGCCCAGGUUCCUUCUAGCUCUCUGUGUGCAGGUGGCCGUCGAGCGACUACUGAAGAUGAAAGCCCAGGCCGCAGAGCCCAGCCGCUGUGGUCUCGGCGGGAGAGGGUGCCGCCGUGCCGCGGAGGACCUGCCUUGGGACAGCCUUCUCCUCCAAGAGUCUCCUCCGGGGGGCGGCGCCGAGGCAGGCUUUGGGUCUGGUCUCUCCCUGCCGCCAGGAGGCGCCGGGCCAGAGGACCCUUCUUCCUUGACCCUGGCAGACAUCUACCGGGAGCUGUACGCCUUCUUCGGUGACAGCCUGGCCACUCGCUUCGGCACUGGCCAGCCCGCGCCCACGACCCCGCGCCCACCCGGAGACAAGAAGGAGCCAGUGGCUGCCCCGGACUCGGUGCGGAAGAUGCCGCAGCUGACCGCCAGCGCCGUGGUGAGCCCGCAGGGGGACGAGAGCCCUCUGGGCGGGGGCCCCGCGGCAGCCGCCGCCGCCGCCGCCUCGGAGAGCAGGCCGCUGCCGCGCGUGCACCGGGCGCGGGGCGCUCCUCGUCAGCAGAGUCCUGGCGCGGGAAUGCGAGACGUCUUCCAGAAGAGCCGCUUUGCGCCCCGCGGGGCCCCGCACUUCCGAUUUAUCAUCGCUGGGCGUCAGGCCGGGCGGCGCUGCCGCGGGCGCCUCUUCCAGACUGCUUUUCCCGCGCCCUACGGACCCAGCCCGGCGUCCCGCUACGUGCAGAAGCUGCCCAUGAUCGGCCGCACCGGCCGCCCGGCUCGCCGCUGGGCGCUCUCGGACUAUUCCCUGUACUUGCCACUGUGAGGCCGCCGGCCCGCCGAGAAUAAACCCGCACCAGGAAG